AUGCCGCCCAAGUUCGACCCCAAUGAGAUCAAGAUCGUCUACCUCCGUUGCGUUGGAGGCGAAGUUGGCGCCACCUCAGCCCUCGCCCCGAAGGUCGGACCUCUCGGUCUGUCCCCGAAAAAGGUCGGAGACGAUAUCGCCAAGGCCACACAGACUGAAGGGCCUGAAG